AUGAAUUUCCUUCUUCCUUCCGUUCUCGUUCUCUCUGUGACCUUGCUACUUGCUGCUCCGAAUCCAAUUCGCUCGGAACUCAUCGACAUAUUCCAGCAAAGCAGAAUGUGCAACGACAUAAAUAGUAAUGAAAAUGGUGUUUUCACCACAUAUCACCAUUGCCUGCACUUCGCUACCUGGAAAUUGAGCGUCGAUGGAGUUUGUACCAUCUCCAUGUACAGCAAUAAGACGUUGACCUUGACUCCACAAGGAAAUGUGCCGGUUGACCCAACUAAUGGCGUGCCUCAAUGCAGCAAGACACCAUGUGGUGUUUUCACUCAAAAUGUUGUGGAUUGUUCAGUUGCUUUCGAUGAGGAACAUCUCGCUCAACUUGAGUAA